AUGCCCCUCCGUACAGCCAUAAUCGGCCUCUCCUCCUCAGCAACCACAUCUUGGGCCUCAUCAACCCACCUUCCCUCCCUCCUCACCACACCCGGAAAAUCCCUCUUCACCCUGUCCGCCCUCUGCAACAGCUCCAUCGCCGCCGCCCAAUCAGCCAUAAAAACAUUCAACCUCGACCCCUCCACGGUAAAAGCAUACGGCGACCCUGCCGCCCUCGCAGCAGACCCAGACAUCGAUCUCGUCAUCUGCGCGACCCGCGUCGACAAACACUACGAAACUAUCCUCCCCUCUCUGCGUGCGGGGAAAUCGGUAUACAUCGAGUGGCCGCUUGCGGGGGAUAAGGUGCAGAUUGAGGAGUUGGGGCUUGCUGCACGUGAGAGUGGGAAUGGGACGGGGAUUGCGGCGGUGGGAUUGCAGGGGAGGGUGGCGCCGGCGGUUUUGAAGGUGAAGGAGUUGUUGCGUUCUGGGGAUACUGGGCUGGGGAGGUUGUUGAGUACUGAGGUGAGGGCGUUCGGGGGGACGAUCGAUAGGGAGUUUCUGCCGCCGGGGUUGAAGUAUUUUGCGGAUAGGGAAGUUGGUGGGAAUCCGAUUACGAUUGGAUUUGGGCAUGUGAUUGACUACGUCCAAUCCGUCGUGGGAGACAUCAUCCCCGGAACAGACCAUGUGCAUCUCCAACUCCAACGCCCAGAUAUCCGUAUUCGCGAGCCCAAGACCGGCGAAAUCACAGAGACGAUUCGCUCGAAUGUGCCCGAUUUACUCAGUCUACACGGAACCCUCCCCGAAUCACCCUACACAGCCCUCAACGCAACCCUAACCGCCUACUUCAACCGCGGCCAGCCAUACCCCAACGACCCAUCCCUAACAUGGACGUUAAACUGCGAACAUGGCACGAUCAGACUCACCGCGCCAGCGGGGAUAGCACUACAAGCGCAUGCGUAUGCGGAGCCGGUGACGAUCUCCGUGUAUAGAUUCGAGACGGGCGAGGUGGAGGAUGUGCAGUGGGGGUGGGACGAGGCGCAACUGGAGGUUUCUGUCCCUGCGAGAUCGGUGCUGAGGAGUUUGGUUAAUCUUGCGGAGGGGAGGGAAGAUGGGUAUGUGAGUUUGGAGGAUGCGGUGGGUAGAGCGAGGCAGAUUGGGGGGUGGUUGGAUUCUUUUGAGAUUUAG